AUGCUCCGUCGGGAUCCGGACCAGCGUCUGCGGCAGUUGGUCCGUCGGUUCGCCAUCGGCGUCGUUGGCUGGCUUCGCAAGUUUUGCUGUGCGCCUGUCAGUCUUGUUCUGCGUCUCAACGUGCAAGCAGUCCACCAACGUACACGAGGCCAUGUUGAUGGCGCGCAGCACAUUAUGCCAGUUGCCCAUCACCGUCGCAAUAGCUGCCGACGCCCAUCAGUGUCCGGAUAUCCACGCAUGCAUGCAUUUGUUCCGAGAGACAUACCCUCUGUCCCGUCCGAGAGCGUCGAAACCUUUUGCUCCAGCGCCUCCAUCUGCGUCGCCACGGCCGCGCUCAGGUCCCGGAGCUCCUUGAGAUGCUCCAGCUCGGCCCUCUUCUCCUCGAUGCGGGCGACCAGCGCCGGUGACUGCGAUGCGGUCGACGCCGACACGCUGGGGCCGCGCAUAUGCGUCGACAGAGAUCGCGUUGGGUAUGACAUGUUCGGUCGGGAACUGCGUAGUCGAUUGUCGGGCCUUUGGAGCUCUGCUCUGCGCGAGUCGGUGAACUUGCAAAGAGCUUUGGAGCUGUCGGCGCGUCCCUUCUGGGCUGGUGGGGUCGAGCUCCCCGAGCCCCUCUCACGUGUGUGGAAAGGCCCAUGGAAGGCACCUGAAGCAGGCCCUGCUCCACUGAAAGUCACUGGAAGCUGUGCCUGA